AUGGCGACGGCUAGAGGCGCGGGGCCGUGGCUGCUGCUGGCCGCGGUCGUGCUAUGCGCGGCGGCGGAGCCUCGCUGCCCGGGCUGCGCGGCGGCAGCGGAGCGGAGGCUGCUGGAGGAAGCAGCCAAACGGCAGCUGCUGGAGAAGCUCCGGCUCCGGGAACGACCCAAGCUCAUCCACGCCGUGCCCCGCGCUGCCGUGGCCCGGGCACUGCGGAGGCUGCAGGCGGGAGGUGCCCGUCGAGGCCCCGAGGAGGAGGAGGAAGAAGAAGAGCGGAGCUACGAGAUCAUCAGCUUCGGGGAGCCAGAGCCCAGGUCCCCCUCUGCCUUGGGGCUGCAGUUCCAGUUCAGCCACACCCAGGACCAGGACAUUCACAUCCUGCAGGCUCAGCUUUGGCUCUACCUCCGAGUGCCCCAAGACCUGGUGACCAGCCUCACCCUGAGGAUCUUCCUUGCCGGUGGGGCAGGGGAGGUGGCAGGAGGCAACCGCACGCUGCUGAGCGAGCAGCAGCUGAGUGCCAGGGGCAGCGGCUGGCACACCCUCACCCUCAUGCCCACCCUGCAGAGCUUCUUCGGGGGAGAGGGCAGGACCCUGCGGCUGGAACUGGAAAGCCACGGGGCCGGGGGUGAUAUCCUGGCGAUGGUCAAUGCCAGCUGGUCCCACCAGCCCUUCCUGGUGGCCAAAGCCAGGCUGAGGGAGCCAGGGCACCGCGUGGGCAAGCGCAGCCUCCGCUGCAGCCAGAACUCCAACCUCUGCUGCCGCAGGGACUACUACGUGGACUUCCGCGACAUCGGCUGGAGCGACUGGAUCAUAAAGCCUGAGGGCUACCAGAUAAACUACUGCGUGGGCCAGUGCCCACUCCACGUGGCUGGCAGCCCUGGCAUGGCCUCCUCCUUCCACACAGCCGUCUUCAACCUGGUGAAAGCCAACAACAUCCAGGCGUCGGGGCACUCCUGCUGCGUGCCCACGCGCCGCCGCCCGCUCUCCGUCCUCUACUUCGAUCGCCACAGCAACAUCGUCAAGACUGACAUCCCUGACAUGAUUGUGGAUGCCUGUGGCUGUAGCUAGGGUUGAGGGAGCCUUGCUGGGUCCCCCCCUCCCUUCUCCAGGACUGCCUCUUGAGGUGGAGGUUGGAGAUGAUGGAGACCUCUCUUGAGUGGGAGUCAGACCGUGGUGCAACGGAUGCCUUUGGAAUUCCAGGCUGGGAGGGAGAGGGUCUCACCAGAGGGAGCAGGGGUUGUGUCCAGAGAGCACCUGGGGCAGGGACUGCUGGGCACAAGCAGGACAGAGCCAAGGCCACACGAGACUGCCUGAGUCCAAGCUGUGGGUGGUCCAUGACUGGCAUCCCUGCUGCGACUGGCAGCAUCUCUCUGGUCCCAAGUCGAUCCCAUGCUCCUGGUGGUUGCAUUCCCCUCCGGGUGGGGGAGGGGUCCUGCUUUGUUCACCUUUGGAGUGCGUGGUGGCAGUCUGGGACUGGAGCCUGCUCGGGAGCAGUGGGGAAGGGGUCUGGCUGCUCCUAGUGGGAAGCUGGGGGACAAGAGGCAGUUCUGCUUCUCUGCCCUACUGCAGCAACUCUUGGGCCUGGUGCUGGGGACAGGUGGAAUGAGGCCCAGGCAACAGGCUGGGAAGAUGAGGAUGGAGGGGCUGAUGUUGUCAAGAACCCCAGAACCUCACUGACACCACUCAAGGGAGGCUCUGACUCAGGCUUUGUCUGUAAGACCACGCUGAAGGUAGAGGUUGGUUUUGUGCCUCCAGUUCUGCAGCUGCUGACAGCACUUCUGCAGCUGCUGGGGCUCUCUGCUGCCCUUGUCCUGCCUGCUCACCUCUCUCCUGGAGCUCCCACUCUGCCUCAGGACCUCAGAACUGCUGAGGCUGGAAGAGACCUUUGAGAUCAUCACACCCAACCCCUUGCCUAGAGCUCACCACAGCCCUUCCUGACACUUCUGCACCCACAUGGGCUCUGCUUUUAAUUUAUUUGAGUGCUUUGGAGCAGCUUCCCCAAUAAAUGGUGGAAAUGCAACCUCCAGGCUCUGGCUGCUCCCUCCUGGCACUGUCUGCUGAGACCCUGUGUGGGCAGGGCUGCAAAGGGAGCUCUUCCCUGGGGAUGGGCAACCCAGGAACAGGGCAGGGCUGGGAACUGGGCAUCACCUCGCUGGGAGCUGGUGAA